AUGGCUUCAAAUGGAGCAUACCCAGUGCUGGAACCGGGUGUGACCGAGAACCCUGGCACCUCCAUGCCAGUGUUCACGGCUCUGCCCUUCACUACACCUGCUCCCGGCCCAGCACAGGAGCCGCCCCUCGUGACUGCAGUGGUUCCUCCAGGCGGCCCUUCGCUGCUGUCUGCCUUCCCCAGGACCCCUAAGGUGGCAGGACAGGAUGGCCGAGGCCCGAAUUGGGCUGGGGCUUCCAAUGUCCUUGUCCAGAUGAGGACAGAAGUGGGGCCUGUGAAGGCCCCUCAGGCACAGACCUUGGUCCUAACUCAUGGCCCCCUCGUCUGGCAGGCACCAGGCACCCUCUGCGAGGGUGUUGCAUAUCCACUUCACCAACCCCUGGCAGCUGCCCCUGUGCUGCCCGCUAUGGUUGCCCAGGUCUUUGGAGGCACCCAGGCCUGCAAGGGAGGCUGGUCUCAGGGCCUUCCUCCUCCAGCACCACCGGCUCCCCAGCUGGCCCCCAUGAUGGUCCCAGGGAACGCUUGUCCAUGGCCACAAGGGGCUCAUGGAGAGGGCAGCCUGGCUCCCUCCCAGGCCAAGGCCCCCCCGGAUGACUUCUGCAACCCCAAGAGCGUGUAUGAGAACUUCCGACUCUGGCAGCACUACAAGCCCCUGGCCCGGAGGCACCUUCCCCAGAGUCCGGACACGGAAGCGCUUUCCUGUUUCUUCAUCCCAGUUCUCAGAUCCCUGGCCCAGCGGAAGCCCAGCAUGACCCUGGAGGAGGGACUGUGGCGGGCCGUGCAGGAAUGGCAGCACACGAGCAACUUUGACCGGAUGAUCUACUACGAGAUGGCGGGAAAGUUCCUGGAGUUCGAGGCUGAGGAGGAGAUGCAGAUUCAGAAGUCGCAGUGGAUGAAGGGGCCCCAGUGCCUGCCUCCUCCAGCCCCGCCAAGGCUUGAACCUCAAGGAACCCGGGCCCCUCAGGUGGCCAAUCAGCCUGUGUACCUUCCCAGCAAGGCCUGCCCCAAGGCCCCGCCUGCCUGCCUGCCACUACCCAGGCCCCAGAAGCCAGCAGAGACCAAGGCCCCCGAGGAGAUGCCCCCUGAAGUGGUGCAGGAGUAUGCCCCGCCUGCCUGCCUGCCACCACCCAGGCCCCAGCAACCAGCGGAGACCAAGGCCCCCGAGGAGAUACCCCCUGAAGUGGUGCAGGAGUAUGUGGACAUCAUGGAGGACCUGCUGGGGCCUCCCACUGGGGCCACAGGAGAGCUAAAGGCAAAAUGGGAAGAGGGCGAAGUGGAGCAGGAAGGGGACGGGAUGCUUCUAGACCCAGGCGUCCUGAGCUACGCUGACAAUCUGUGUUCCCAGGAAGACUUCGUCACCAAGGUGGAGGCCGUCAUCCACCCCCGAUUUCUGGAAGAAUUGCUUUCCCCAGAUCCACACAUGGAUUUCUUGGCCCUAAGCCAGGAACUGGAGCAGGAGGAAGGACUCACCCUUGCCCAGGUAGCGGAGAAGCGCCGCCUAUCCUUGAAGGAGGAACGGUGUGCGAGGGCAGACCCUAGUCAUGGCACUGCCCGGUUGGACUCAAUGUCUUCUGAGUCUGCAGCGGGCCAAGGAGCAGAGAGAGAUGUCCCUGGCCCCCAGCAAAGGGUCGGCGUGGAAACCUGCCCACCCCAGACGGCUGCCCAGGACCCUCAGGGACGAGGCAGAGCAUGCACCGGCAUGAGCAGGUCCAAAAACCCUGUGGUGCUUUUGGAAAGACUGGAUUCCCGCUGGCUGAGAUCUGCCCGGCCAGACUCUCCUUCCCAGGACCAUAGACCUGCCUGCCCAGGCGUGGGGACCAAAGACACCUGGGGUCUCCCUGGAGCCUCUCCUGUCAAGGAGUCAUGCAGGCUGUCUAAGGGGUCAAGUGAGGAGGAGAGGGGAAUCCCUGGUAUGGUUUCUGUCGUGGGUACCAACUACAGGCUGCGGCCCUGGAAGCUGUCCCAGAGCCCUGUCCCUGCCUUGGGCCUUCUCAGCCCAGAAGGGCGGGGACCCCAGGGAGCUCUUCAGUCCCAAUCUGCAAAAAGAAGAGGCGUCAGCCCAGCACCCGCUCCUGCCACCAAGUCCAGGAAGCGAGCUCUCUUCGGAGGCCCAUCCCCUGCUGAACAGACGCCCCACCUAGGGCCUGGGCUCAGAGUCUCUGGGGCACAAUCCGUGGCUUGGGGGCUGGGUGGCCCCUCACAGUCCCAAAAGAGAAAGGGUGAUCCCUUGCUCUCUAAGAGGAAGAAAAAGCAGCACCGUAGCCAGUAG